GGUCAAUCUUUAGCUAGCUAAUGAACCUAUUUUAUGACUCAGACCAAAGGUUCUCUACAUUGCUCUCAUUCCAACAGGCUCCACUCCUCAGCCCACACAGGUAAAGAACAUGGCUGUACGUGAACUACUGCUAGUGUGGCUGGCGAGCACACUGCUGACUACUGGAGUAGCUGGGACUGAGGGCCAACUGCUGACUACUGGAGUAGCUGGGACUGAGGACCAACUGGUGACUACUGGAGUAGCUGGGACUGAGGACCAACUGGUGACUACUGGAGUAGCUGGGACUGAGGACCAACUGGUUGUGAACUGUAGCUUCAAGACACUGCAAUUCAUACCUUCAAAUUACAGUCAAAACAUCACCAAACUAAUUCUGAGCAAUAACCUCAUAGAGCUGUCCAGCGCUGAUGAAGCUGCUCUGAAGAACUACUCCAAUUUGACUGAGCUCCAUCUAGAUGGUAACUGGUUGACUGACCUGCCAGGGAAGCUGUUUGAGGCCAUGUCAAAACUGGAAGUCCUCAACCUGUCCCACAAUAACAUCAGUAAAGUGGAGCCGAAGGCGUUGGCUGGCCUGGUUAACCUGAGGGAGCUGGACCUGUCCUACAAUCGUCUACAGUCACUACCUCCACAUCUACUGGAUGAUUUAAAGAAGCUGUCUAUCCUCAGGCUAAGGGGGAACACACUGCGGGAGUUAGACGUCUCUGUGGAGAGGAAUCCAUUAAAGGUUCUAGAUCUGAAGGAGAAUCCCUUGAACUGCUCUUGCGGUUUUCUCAACCGGAUUAAAUCGAUUACCGACUCAAAGGUCCAGAUAAGAGUCUCAAAUACCACCUGUGCCGGCCCCGAGGACCUGUCCGGUAAAGAGAUACUGGACAACGGUACCAGCUGCUCUUCACGGUCGUCAUCGACAACAACACUUCCAACACCUACAACUCAGUCAGCCACUAAGCCAACCUCAGCCCAGAUCACUACACACUUAGUGUCACUUGCAGUUAUUACAAAUGCAAGCCUCGUCCAAACAGGCGUGGACCCAGGCAUUGGCAGUAGGGUGCCAGCGGUGGGGAACACCUGGAAGUUUCUCCUGGGUGUGAUAGCAAUCGCCCUGACUACCUCUAUGCUCAUCGUGUGUGCCGUCAAGUCCCCGUCCUGGUACAAGCUGCUUUUCAACUAUCGGCACCAGAGGCUGAGAGACGAGGAGGAUGCUGACAUGUACACUACGGGACGAUACUCUAGUUUCAGUUUGGACACGGAGCAAACGGAGACCAGCGCCUAUGAGCUGGACCACGGGCUAGAUGAGUCGGAUAAUGAGGAGGAUGGAUACAUAGAGGACCGCUAUAUAGAAACUGGGGUCUAUGAAGACAACACAGAAACAUAAUACUCUCUGAGCUGCUCCCAGCCUUUUUUUUCGUUGUGGUUAUGUUUAGUUUGAUUUGGAUUUCUUUUUUAAGUCCUCGUUUGGACUAAUCUUCCAAGAGUCCUGAGUUUGGGUAUUGUGACAUCAAAAUGAUCCCUUUCUCAUUGAAAUAAUGGACGAUAAAUUAUUCUAUUCUACUCUAUUCACUGAUAGUAUCAGAAGGCCAUGGUUGUCCGUCCGUAACCCUGCUGCCACUGAUGAUCAUUUAUUAUUUGGCCUUUUUGACAAAACGUGCCCAUAAAAGUUGUGUACAUUUGUAAAUAUUUGCAAGUUUUGAAAAUGUAGGAAUUCAGUGAAAGGACCGACCAUUUAAGGUGUUUUGAGGUCAUGAUUUAGGCUACUUGCAAAGUUCUACUGCCGGAGACAUAGUGUAGGUAAUCCAUGUUUUGUCUUAUUGAAUAUAUAUUUGAGUACUUACUCUCGUCUCUCUGUGAAUAUGACAUCCAUAACUUUGGGCCUGUCUGUCGUUCUGUGUUUUCAGCUACAAGAAAAUAGUAUGCAAACAGUUAGGGUUAGGGCUGAAUGAAGGAAUGAAUAUAUGAAUACCAGGCGGUGAUGCAACCGGUCAGGAUGCUCUCGAUGGUGCAGCUGUAGGACCUUUUGAGGAUCUGAGGACCCAUGCCAGGAAUAGGUUUUGUCGUGCCCACUUCAUGACUGUCUUGGUGUGUUUUAUUAAUUUUUUAAAUAUAUUUUCUAACUGCAUUGUUGGUUAUGGGCUCGUAAGUAAGCAUUUCACUGUAAGGUCUACUACACCUGUUGUAUUCAGCAUUUCACUGUGAGGUCUACUACACCUGUUGUAUUCAGCAUUUCACUGUGAGGUCUACUACACCUGUUGUAUUCAGCAUUUCACUGUGAGGUCUACUACACCUGUUGUAUUCAGCAUUUCACUGUGAGGUCUACUACAACUGUUGUAUUCGGCUCAUGUGACGAAUACAAUUAGAUUUGAUUUAAUAAUAUUAGGUACAUUUCAUAUUCACAAAUGCAAAUGGUCUAAUUCAAAACCUAACUUUUUUCACUUUAUAAAUGAAUUUAAACGAUGUGGCACUACUUUAACUAAAAUGAAAAACAAAAAGGCAACUAAAACUUGUUUUAUUAUUAACAUUUGUUUGUUUAGGAUUCCUGGCAAUGUAAAUAGUUUGUAUGUAAUCUUAUUUGCAUGUGACUAUUCCUAUUUUGUUUGUUGAUAUUUGUUAAUAAAAAAUAAUAUUUAAAAAAAAAACAGACGUAACCACA